AGGAGGGCAUUGAGGAAGAAAGGCAGGGAGUAUCAAUGACAUCAACCAGCAGUAUCUGAGGCCGCACGACCGGCAAUGCUCUCCCGACAAAACGGCUGAGGAGCAGCCGUGACCCGCUGCGCUCCCGAGAGGUCGGUCCGCAGCCAGAACCGCGGGACGGAGGGAACCGCCGGGCGAUGCCGUGCGCGCAUCCCGCACAAAGGCAGACCCUUCUGUGAGCGGAGCGCGGCCAGUGCCGCUGGAUUACAUUCAUCCGUGCUGUUUCCGAGGAGGCUCCCAGCUGCAAGUCCACCCACAUGAAUCCACCAGACAGCAGAGAAGACGGAGCACUUCCGACCAAGAGUGCCUAUCCCUGUUGAGUGAAGCCUGCCUGUAUCUCCGUCGUCUCCAACUAACCCGAAGAGGUGCCUGCCAUGACUCUGCCCAGGACAGGUGGAGCUCUAGCCCAGUCCAGGAGGCCUAUCCUGGGGCUCUGCCUUAGCCUCUCUCCCCUGAGUAUGCUGCUGCUGUUGAUUAUCCUGCUUACCAGCCCUUUGAGCAGCGUGUGUGGACCAAUAAGUCCCCCAAAGUUCACCAAGAUUCCCACAGACCAGAUCGGAGUGUCAGGGGGCGUGGCAUCAUUUGUGUGCCAGGCCUCUGGUAAUCCCAAGCCUGCCGUCUACUGGAACAAGAAGGGCAAAAAGGUCAACUCCCAGCGUAUCGAGACCAUCGAGUUUGAUGAGGGCGCAGGCGCUGUGCUGAGGAUCCAACCUCUCAGAGCUCCCCGCGAUGAGAACAUCUACGAGUGUGUGGCACGCAACAGUGGAGGAGAGGUGUCCGUCACCGCAAAGCUGGCCAUUAUCAGAGAGGACCUGUUGCCAUUCGGCUUCCCCAGUAUAGACAUGGGGCCCCAGCUGAAGGUGGUGGAGCGGACACGGACGGCCACCAUGCUGUGCGCUGCCAGUGGCAUCCCCGACCCGGAGAUCUCCUGGUUCAAAGACUUCCUGCCCGUGGACCCCAGCAGCAGCCAAGGUCGCAUCAAGCAGCUCCGAUCAGGAGCGCUACAGAUUGAGAACAGCGAGGAAACGGACCAAGGGAAGUACGAGUGUGUGGCCACCAACUCUCAAGGUGUACGCUACUCCUCCCCCGCAAACCUAUACGUGCGAGAGCUUCGAGAAGGAGCGACAGACACAUUGCGCCGUGUGCCCCCUCGUUUCUCCAUCCUCCCCUCCAACCACGAGAUCAUGCCGGGAGGGAGCGUCAACAUCACCUGUGUGGCCGUGGGUUCACCCAUGCCCUACGUCAAAUGGAUGCUGGGCACCGAGGACCUGACCCCCGAGGAUGAGAUGCCGAUUGGCCGUAACGUGCUGGAACUCAACGGUGUCCGGGAGUCUGCUAACUACACCUGUGUGGCCAUGAGUAGCCUGGGUAUCAUCGAGGCCACUGCGCAGGUCUUAGUCAAGACUUUGCCAAAGCCUCCCGGCACACCCAUCGUCACGGAGACCACCGCCACCAGUGUGACCAUCACCUGGGACUCCGGCAACCCCGACCCCGUCUCCUACUACAUCAUCCAGUACCGAGCCAAGGGGCCGGACAGCAAGUACGAGACGGUGGACAGCAUCACCACCACCCGCUACAGCAUCGGUGGACUGUAUCCCAACACCGAGUACGAAAUCAGAGUGUCGGCCUUCAACAGCAUUGGCCAGGGGCCCCCCUCUACACGUGUGGACGCUCGGACAGGAGAGCAGGCCCCGGCCAGCCCUCCCCGAAACGUCCAGGCUCAAAUCAUCUCUCAGAACAGUGUGAUGGUCCGCUGGGAGGAGCCAGAGGAACCCAAUGGACAGGUGAAAGGAUAUCGUGUGUACUACACCAUGGACCCGUCCCGGCCAAUGAACGAAUGGCAGAUCCAUAAUGUCCAGGACAGUGUGAUCACCACCAUUCAGAACCUCAUAACCUCAGAGACGUACACUAUCCAGGUCCUAGCCUUCACCUCUGUAGGGGACGGACCCUUCUCGGACCCCGUCCAUGUUAAGGUCAUGCCUGGAGUCCCAGGUCAGCCAGGGAAGUUUAAAGUCGGUAAGGUGUCAGACACCAGCAUCGAGCUGACGUGGGAACCUGCUUACACCAAGGAGGCAAUUGUCAACUAUGAGCUGCUCUACAAACCAGUCAAGUUUGGCAGUUUGGAGAAGUUGACCUUCGGGCCGAGGAAUUCCUACACGGUGGAGGGUCUGAAAGCGAACACCGAGUACUCCUUCUCCCUGGCCGCCAUCUCGAGCAAAGGCAUCGGCGCUUUCACUAAUGAACUGGUGCAGAGGACGUCACAAGCCAAGCCCUCAGCUGCACCCAAGGGUGUUUCCUGCGAGAGUGCCAGCUCCACCUCGCUGAGGGUAAGUUGGAGGCCGCCUCCAGUCGAGGGCCAGAAUGGCGAGUUGGCAGGUUAUGAGCUGAGAUACCAGAGAGUUUCUGGGGCAGGAGGCGGAGGUCAGGGCCAGGAGAUGAAGGGGCUUCCUAUCGCGGCCCUGCAGGGGCAGACAGUUGUAGAGGGGCUGGAGAAGUGGAGCUGGUACAACAUCAGCAUGGCAGCCUUCACCACAGAGGGGACUGGACCCAACAGUCCGACUGUGCUUUGCAGAACUGAUGAGGAUGUUCCCAGUGCAGCCCCUCGGCAGGUGGAUGUCAAGCCACUCAACUCCUCAGCACUUCGAGUCACCUGGCGCUCGGUGUUGCCUCGAUUGCGGCAAGGCCAGAUCAGAGGCUACCAGGUACACUUCAGCCGCGCAGAGAGCGGUGAAUCGCGCAACCUUCCCCGCAUCAAAGACAUCCUAUUGGAUGAGUCUCAGAUGGAGGAGGAUGACUCGACUCUAUAUGAGCUGAUUUUGGGUAGUCUCAAACCAGAGACUGUGUACUCUGUCUCAGUGGCAGCGUACACCACCAAAGGGGAUGGAACGCACAGCAAACCCAAGCUGGUGCAGACCCCAGGGAUUGUGCCUGGCCCCCCCUCUCUUUGGGUGCGUCCAGGAUCAGGUCCAUCAGUGGUGGUGCGGUGGGCUCCUCCUCUUGAGUGCUCUGAGUCAGGCUCUGAUAGCCGGAGGGCCCCAGUGGAAAUCCAGGGCUACCGCCUACAGUUUGGCCUGAAGAAUGCCACUUUAAACACCACAGUGGAUUUCACAAAUCGGGAGAAAAACUUCACUGUCACAAACCUCUCCCCAGGUUCCUCCUAUGUCUUUGUCCUGUCCGCAAAGAGCCGAGCAGGCUAUGGUGAUGUAGCACAGCAGGAAAUAACAGUUCCCAUGUUCCCACCCUUGGGAUACCCCAAAAUAUUGGACUUUGUUAAUGCCACUUGCUGCUCCCUCCAGUUGUCCUGGCUGCCCCUUGCCCCAGAGGAGUCCAACGCUAUCAUUACAGAGUACACCAUAGCUUACAAAGAGGCUGCAGGCCCCAAACCCUCUGCUGGCCCCUCUGAUUCACCAGCCCGACCUGCUCCCCCAUGGCUGAUCACACUACCGGCGAGUGAUUCCAGCUACAUCAUCCUGGGUCUUAAUCACAGCACAUUCUACGAGUUGCAGCUCAGAGCCCACAACAAGGCAGGGCCAGGGCCCCUCAGCCCACCUCUUGUGUGCCGAACUCUGGCCCUUGAAACAGAUGUCCCAAGGAAUUUUUCAGUCAAUCUGGCCACCAAGACCAGUGUUCUUCUGACCUGGGAGUUUCCAGAGAGCAGCAAUCCCUAUCGCUUCACCGUGGAGUACAACCGCCAAAAGGUGGAGGUGGACGCUCGGCUCAGAAAGGCUGUUAUCCCAAACCUUCAGCCUGACACCAGCUAUGACUUCAAGAUCACUGCCCCCGAGGGCAACAUGGGAGGCCUUCGCCACCGCAUCACCGCCAAGACCUCCCCGCCAAUCACCAUCCGCCGUCCUGAAAUUGAUCACACCCGCGACACUGAAACAACUGUCACGAUAAUCCUGCCAUCUCUGGAGAGUCGCUCUCCUAUCAAGAAUGUCUACGUUGUUGUGGUUCCACUGAGGAGAGCCCGCGGCGUCAUCAGACACCUCAAGAGUCCAGAUGAAAUGGACCUAGAGGAGCUGUUGAAAGACAUCAGUCAAAGGCAGAGGGAUUCUCGGCAGCAAAAGCAGGUGGACUUGCGCCGGGCCUACAUCACAGCCCGUUUCACACCUGCCACCCUACCAGCCUUCUUCACCCUUGGAGACCAGCUGGACUACGGGGGCUUCGAAAACCGAGCUCUAGAGCCGGGUCAGGAGUACGUCUUCUUCAUCCUGGCUGAGCUCAACUCAACCACCGGGAAAAUGUAUGUGGCCAGCCCUUACACAGAUCCAGUAAUUGCUCCCGAUUCGGACCCUCAGCCCCUGGAUGCAGGUGACGGUCUGAUCUGGGUGGUGGGACCUGUCCUGGCUGUGGUCUUCAUCAUCUGCAUCGUCAUUGCUAUACUCCUUUACAAAAACAAGCCUGACAGCAAGCGCAAGGACUCUGAGCCCGGAACCAAGAGCCUUUUGAGUAAUGCCGAGAUGAUGGCCCAUCAUCCAACAGACCCUGUGGAGAUGAGACGCAUCAACUUCCAGACUCCCGGAAUGAUGAGCCACCCUCCCAUUCCCAUCAGUGAGCUGGCGGAGCACAUCGAGCUCCUGAAAGCUAACGACAACCUGAGACUCUCCCAGGAGUACGAGUCCAUCGACCCGAGUCAGCAGUUCACCUGGGAACAUUCGAACCUGGAGGUCAACAAGCCCAAAAACCGCUAUGCAAACGUGAUAGCAUACGACCACACCAGAGUCGUCCUGGCUCCCAUAGAUGGUAUCCUGGGGAGCGACUACAUCAACGCCAACUACAUUGAUGGCUACAGGAAGCAGAAUGCCUACAUCGCCACCCAGGGGCCACUGGCAGAGACGUUCGGGGACUUCUGGAGGAUGGUGUGGGAGCAGCGGGCUGCCUCGGUCGUCAUGAUGACACGCCUGGAGGAGAAGUCACGGAUAAAGUGCGAUCAGUACUGGCCCAGCCGCGGCACAGAGACAUACGGGAUGAUCCAGGUCACCCUGCUGGACACAAUGGAGCUGGCUACAUUCUGCGUCCGCACACUGUCGCUACAUAAGAGUGGCAGCAGUGAACGGAGAGAGGUGCGUCAGUUCCAGUUUACCUCCUGGCCAGAUCACGGUGUGCCAGAGUAUCCCACCCCCUUCCUCAACUUCCUCCGCCGGGUCAAAGCCUGCAACCCUCCUGACGCUGGACCCAUCAUCGCUCACUGCAGCGCUGGGGUCGGUCGCACCGGUUGUUUCAUCGUCAUAGACGCCAUGCUGGAGCGCAUUCGACAGGAGCGCACCGUGGACAUCUACGGUCACGUGACCCUGAUGCGCUCCCAGAGGAACUACAUGGUGCAGACGGAGGACCAGUACAGCUUUAUUCACGAGGCCCUGCUGGAGGCCGUGGCUUGCGGGAACACUGAGGUGGCUGCCAGGAGUCUGUACUCCUACAUGCAGAAGCUGUCCAAGGUGGAGAGCGGAGAGCAUGUCACCGGCAUGGAGCUGGAGUUUAAGCGACUGGCUAACACCAAAGCCCACACGUCCCGGUUUGUCACAGCCAACCUGCCUUGCAACAAAUUCAAGAACCGACUGGUCAACAUCAUGCCCUAUGAAACCACCCGAGUCUGCCUCCAGCCAAUCAGAGGCCUGGAGGGCUCCGACUACAUCAAUGCCAGUUACAUAGACGGAUACAGGCAGCAGAGAGGCUACAUCGCCACCCAGGGCCCACUGGCUGAGACUACGGAGGACUUCUGGAGGAUGCUGUGGGAACACAACUCCACUAUAGUGGUCAUGCUCACUAAACUGAGAGAAAUGGGCCGGGAGAAGUGUCACCAGUACUGGCCCGCGGAGCGCUCAGCCAGGUACCAGUACUUCGUGGUGGAUCCCAUGGCAGAGUACAACAUGCCUCAGUACAUCCUGCGGGAGUUCAAAGUGACGGAUGCCAGGGACGGCCAAUCACGGACAGUGCGUCAGUUCCAGUUCACUGAUUGGCCAGAGCAAGGUGUGCCCAAAUCUGGGGAGGGCUUCAUCGAUUUCAUUGGCCAAGUGCACAAAACCAAGGAGCAGUUUGGUCAGGAUGGACCAAUCAGCGUCCACUGCAGUGCUGGUGUGGGACGGACAGGUGUUUUCAUCACUCUGAGUAUUGUCCUGGAGAGGAUGCGUUACGAAGGGGCGGUGGACAUCUUCCAGACUGUCAAAAUGCUGCGGACACAGAGACCAGCCAUGGUGCAGACUGAGGACGAGUACCAGUUCUGCUACCAGGCUGCUCUGGAGUACCUGGGUAGCUUUGACCACUAUGCAACGUAAGUGAAGAGACAACUAUCCCUCCAUCUUUCUGCUUCGAGGUCCACAAACAAACCAACGAGAGAAAGACAUCCUGAAAUAUCGUGAGCAGUGAAACUUUUUUCUGGGAGAGAGUUACAAAGAGGAGUCAUACUACACCAACAGGGACAAAAAGAGCAACAACAAAAACAGCAACAAGAAAUCUGUGUCUAACAGCACCCACACGCAGCAGGACCUCCCCGAGGGACUGGUGUGUGUGAGUGUGUGUGUAUGUCCAUGUGUAAUCCAUAUACUUACCUCAGUGUUCCAGUGUGAAGGAUGUAUAAUACAUGUGUGUUGUGGUCAGCUAUCUCCAAUAUGAACCCGUGAAAUACAAACAGCUUCUGAACAGGAAUUAUGAUACUAUAUGUGUAUAAAAUACAAAAAAUAUAUAAAAACAAAAAACAGAAACACAAAGAGCCUGGAUAUUUGCUGCACCCUAAAUGGGCUUUUUAUCCUCAACUUUGUAUCUAUAGGUUUGGUGUACUAAGGGGUUACAAAGUGCAAUGGUUAACAUUUCUAUGUGUCUGUGAGUCAAAGGUGUCUACGGCUACCACAGGUAGUUGUGAUUAUAGUUCAAAAGCAGAGGACAAGGUCGUCCCUCCGCAGAAGCCCGCAGUACGGACUCACCACCCUGAGGACUGCUGGGGAAGCAUGUGGAUGCUCAUUUACCCAACGCACAGUGCCAAGAAAAAUUUGUGCAGCGUGAACAAGAACUGUGGCCUACGAGGAGAGAUGGCUCCGUCUUUCAUCCAGCAUAACAUGAAGUGAGACCAGAGGCUGUUCUUAAACACCGGCCAAGGAUCAGUUCACACUCCGCAGUCGCGACCUCGCCACGAAACAGCUGGCCUCAGAACAGUGAUUCGAGUCCAUCAGAGCCUCAACUGGGCAGAGAUUUGUAGUCCAGUGUAUUCUUCAUCCAACAAAAAAGCUUGCUUGAUAUUUGCUGUAGCCCUUGUUCUUCCUCCAGCUCAGAUCCUCUUGAUGUCAGUCCCAUUGUGACAGUUCAACAGUGGCUUAUUGAAAGAGAUGCUAAUGAAAGAAUUGAGUUAAAGACCCUUUCUUUCUUGAAUUCUCAGCCCAUUUCUGCCGAUUUUUUCUGUGUUUUUACUGUAUGUCUCCGCCUUAUGCCGACUUAUUUCUUGUGUUUUAACAUGCUGCCUAAUGCUCAUGCUUUGUGUGCUAGACCUUUUAUUGUCAUACAGUAUCUUGAGGAUGAAAGUUGUUUGCUGAUCAUCCUCCUCCUCUGAAGUUUACCUACUUGAAUCGCAUCCCAUUGCAGUUAGAUCCCUCUGAUAUUUUACUAUUUUAGGCAAUGAAAGAUAGAAGAUCUAAAAAAUAUAAAAAUAAAUAAGUGCAAAUGGUGAAUUGCUCACUUUCAACACCUUCCUUUCCCAACUCCGAAACUCUCUGUCCCUUAAACUCACUGUACAGAACAUCCCAACGUAACCGAUUGAUGUGUCCCCCUCCGUCUACCCCAGUACUGCUGCACAAGUCCUUGAUAUCGAUAUACAAUAUAUCUUUUCUUGAAUUGACAUAUAAUCAUAUUCGGGCCCACGUGGUGAUUAAAGAGCACAGUGAUGUUCCAGUGUAUCAGACAUUUCGGGUGAAUUUCACAAUUUUGUACAUACAGUCUAUCAUUGGAGUCCUAUACAGUACAAUUGCAAAAGUCUGAGCACAAGAUAUAAUGUGGGAUUGGAUGUGAUGUAGUUCUUAUCGUCGCAAAAAAAAAGCCUUAUUGUUAUCGUUCACUUUGUCAUAUUCAUUUCAUAUGAUUUUUUAAAAAUAUUUAUUAUUCUAUUUUGUUACUUUUUAUGUUUAUUUUUAUUUAUUUAUUUGGGAUAUCUAGCAACUAUAACCAAUAAGAUGUUGUUUACUUGUUUCUUUGGCAAGCCAAUGUAAAAGUAUGAUAUUGUCACUGUUUGUUUUUUUUAUUUUGAAUGGUCAGUUUUGGUGCUUUUUUUAAUUUGCUUUAUUAUUAUAAAGUUUGCCCUCUGUGUAGGGUGCUAUUUGAUACUGAUUACUGAUGUCCGACUAGUUAGCUAGAGAUGUACAUUAGAGGCGCACAUAGUUUAAGUUUACAGUGAUGCCCUUACAAUGCCGUCCCCCCACUCGACCUCUGUACAGUAGCAGCAGCAGUGAGGUGAUCAUAGCUGCUGAUGUAUGAUCCGCCCCAACGUUAUAGGUUUAAUAAGGGCAUCAGAGAUAUUAGAUUUAUAGAGCAGACAAGCUGUUGGUAUUUAGUUUGCUGGUGAGCACAUGGUAGCAAGUGUAUUUUUGAGAGAGAACAGGUAAGAAUCGCCCGGCUGCACACACACACACACCUUCAAGGUAACUGUUUGAAUCUGAAUAUAUUCUGGUAUGAACUUCAUGUGUGGUCCAGAAGUCUUGACGAUGUUUGACAUAUAUGACAUAUGUUAUUCUUUCAAUUUUCUGAUUAUUGUGUCAAGAGGAAAUAUAAAAGUCGCACACGUGGAACAUGAUAUGAAGUGUGUUGAGGACCAGCUCUGAUGACGCCAUCCCCCCUCAAUUAUGUACCUGUUCUUUCCUUUCAAACAAUGGAUGUAGAUAUUGUAUCUUGACUUUGUAUUAAAAGCAGGAUGAUUGGAUAUACAGCACAAUGACCUGCUUACCUUA